CCCCGUCACGCCGGCCGACAUGGCCACACCGCAACACCAGCGGCGGCUUGUCAUGCGCGGCACGGAGGUGAGCUGCGACUCCGGCGGCGACGGCGCCGUCACCGUGCAGAUCGGCAACAGCGCGCCACGCGUGCACCCGCGGGAGCCACACGCGGCCGCCGGCAGGGCUGUGAGCAGGAAGAAGCCGAACCUCCACAAAUACAGCAUCUCUUCCAAUUGCAGCUCGGCCGACUCCAGACCGGUCGGGGUCCCUGCUCCGAGGGCGCGCAGGAAGGCCCUGCCGCUGUUCGAGCGCUCCGCCGCGCAGUGCUGGGACCCCAAGUUCGACUCGCCCAUCCUGGAAGAUGCGUGCCAAGAGAGGUGCUUUCCCCAGACACAGCGGCACCUCCGCUACGUCCUGUUCUACCUGGCAGUGGCGGCUGUACUCUGGGGGGUUUAUUUCGGUGUCAAUAGUGACCGGUGUGACCCUGUGACCUUUCUAGCACCCACGGCCUCCUUCCUGGUCCUCCUGGCUCUGCUGUUUUUAUUCACCUUGACCCAGGCCUACACAAGGCUGUACAACCAAACCGCUUUGCUCCUGAUCGCAGUCACCUUCGCCAUCACCUUAGCUCCUCAGACACAAACCGCUCGCUACGCUGAGCUGGAGUCGGCCGGCGGCGGGAAUGCUUCAUUUCCCUCGCCCGUGCCCCCGCCCCCGCCUCCGUGCAUCUCCCCCGUGGGAACCUUUUCCCUGUGCAUGGAGGUUUUGUUGUUGUUAUACAGCGUCCUCCAUGUUCGCCUGUAUGCCUCGGUCACGCUGGGGCUCCUGUACUCGAUAUUGUUCGAGGCAUUGGAAUGGCUGCCGUUGCUCCAAAGGAGUUAUGACACUGCUUCAUGGCGGACGGGGUCAGCGGGGUCACGUUCCGAUUGGGAAGGCGACACCCUCCGCUGGCUCGGUCCGGCCAAAGCUCUGCUCCACCUGUGUGCCCACGUCAUUGGUAUCCACCUGUUCAUCAUGUCGGAGGUGCGUUCCCGUAGCACAUUCCUGAAAGUUGGCCAGGCCAUCAUGCACGGCAAAGACUUGGAGGUGGAGAAGGCCCUGAAAGAGCGCAUGAUCCACUCGGUCAUGCCGCGGCGGGUCGCGGAUGAGCUGAUGAAACAAGGUGACGAUGAGGGAGGCGGUGAGAACUCUGGCAAGCGCUACUCCUCUGGCGCUUGCUCCGCCUCGGCCGUCUCAGUGGGGGGCGCAGGUGGCGGCGGAGCCUCACAAGCCCAAAGUGCCACAAGUGCCAAAGGCUACCCUCAAAACAAUCACAAACGCAAGAAGACCUCCAUCCCCAGUGGACAGAUCAUCUUUCGGCCCUUCAACAUGAAACGCAUGGAGCCCGUCAGCAUCCUCUUUGCGGAUAUUGUGGGUUUCACUAGAAUGUCGGCCAACAAGUCUGCGCCCGCCCUGGUGGGCCUUCUCAACGACCUGUUCGGACGCUUCGACCGCCUGUGUGAACUAACCGGCUGUGAGAAGAUCAGCACUCUGGGAGACUGCUACUACUGCGUGGCCGGCUGCCCCGAGCCCAGGCCGGACCACGCCUACUGCUGUGUGGAGAUGGGCUUGGGCAUGAUCCAGGCCAUCGAGCAGUUCUGCCAGGAGACCCGCGAGACCGUGAGCAUGCGCGUCGGCGUCCAUACGGGCACCGUCCUGUGCGGCAUCCUGGGAAUAAAGCGCUUCAAGUUUGACGUGUGGUCCAAUGAUGUCAAUCUGGCUAACUUGAUGGAGCAGCUGGGCGUGGCGGGCAAGGUCCACCUGUCAGAAGCUACUGCCCGAUUCCUGGACGACCUUUACCAGAGGGAGGACGGGCAGGUGGCGGAGCGAGCCGGGCAAAGUGUGGUGGAGAAACUGAAGGGCCUGAAAACCUACCUGAUCUCGGGAAGGCGGCUGGAGCUUGAAGCGCAGUGCAGCUGUCCUCAGGCGGGGGUCGGCUUGUCCUCCUGCCCUCAGGCCCGAGCACCGGACCUCAUCCCGGGGGGGGCACAGGCUGCAGAGGCCCUGCUGCCCCACCAACCUCCAGACAGGAUCGCUCCUCCCUUUGUGUCCCGCAGUGGGAUCUUGGAGCAAGGUGAAGAUGUCACUGUGCUGAACGGCUGCCAGGAAGAGCACAAGACCAGCAGUGCCAAGUUCAUGCCAGGUCACAGUCCUCGAGCGGCCAACGGCCUCCUGAGUCCUCCUCUGGAGGAGCCGGUGCGCGCCAGCCAGAGCUCCCUGUGCAACAUGCUUCAGGAGAAAGAGAAGAAGACUAGCACCAGCACGGGAACUGGCACCAGUCUGGGCUUGGCUGGCGGCUCCGGGGCGGCCGGCAAAGGAAUGGAUCACUCCGCUCUGAUCCAGCUGCGCGCCAAGAACUCCCGAGAAAAGAGCGACGUCCAUUUUGUGGAUGUUAUCAGGGAGGACAGCCUGAUGAAAGACUACUUUUUCAAGCCCCCCAUCAACAAGAUCAGCCUAAACUUCCUUGAGAGACCGCUGGAAAAGGCGUAUCGCAGCAGCUACAAAGAGGAGGUGAAGAACCUGGUGCAAGUGCAGACGUUUGCGAGCACCACCUUCAGCUCCUUCCUGGAUGUUCUUCUCAGCUGUUUUGUCUUCUUGUCCCUGACGCUGGCCUGUUUCCUUCCGCCUCUGGUGAGCCCAGCCUCCGUGGGCCCCCCAGCUCCCGCCGCCUUGGCCCUGGCUCCCCUGGCCGGCCUGUUGGAGCUGGCCUCCCUGGUGCUCUCCAUACGUAUGGCCUUCUACCUGGAGAAGGUGAUGAACUGUACCCGCUCCCUGCUCCUGGUGGUCUCUGGAUGGGUCCCCCGCCACGUGAUCGGGGCCGUGUUGGUCUCCCUUCCUGCCAUCUCUGUCUUGUCCCACCUCACCCGCAGCGCCCACCUGCCCCUCCAGGUGACCACGUUCCUGUGCUGUGCCACCAUCUUGGCCAUCAUCCACUAUUGUAACUUCUGUCAGCUAAGCUUUUGGAUGCGCUCAGUCCUGGCCACUUCCACAGGGGUCGCCCUGCUGCUGUUGCUGUACAUCCCCAUGCACAGCGCCGGGAAUCACAGCUUGCCAGGUCAAAGACUGAACGGCUCCACGUCCACUGAUGGUGACUCAGCAUUAGUCACACCUGAACCUCCCCCGCAACCUCUUGACCUUCUGGUCCCGGAGGCUGUCCUGGCCUUCUUCCUGCUUCUUCUCCUGGUCUGGUUCCUCAACCGUGAGUUUGAGGUCAGCUACCAUCUCCAUUACCACGGCAACGUGGAGGCUGACAAACACCGCUUCAAGAUCCAGACCAUGCGAGACCAGGCUGAGUGGUUACUGGGCAACAUCAUCCCCAUCCAUGUCGCUGACCAGCUCAAGGUGACCCAGAGCUACUCCAAGAAUCAUGACAGUGUGGGCGUGAUCUUCGCCAGCAUCGUAAACUUCAGUGAGUUCUACGAGGAGAGCUACGAGGGUGGAAAAGAGUGCUACCGAGUUCUCAAUGAGUUAAUUGGAGACUUCGACGAGCUCCUCCGCAGACCCGAAUUCAAAAGCGUGGAAAAGAUCAAGACAAUCGGGGCGACCUACAUGGCGGCGUCCGGACUGAACGUCCGCCAGCUGGCUGAGGACGAGGACGACUCUCCGCACGCUCACCUCAGGGCGCUGUUCAACUUCGCCCUGGAGAUGAUGGGCGUCCUGGACGACUUCAACAUGAACAUGCUGGGAUUUGGCUUCAAGCUCCGGAUUGGGUUUAACCACGGGCCGCUGACAGCGGGGGUGAUCGGCACCACCAAGCUGCUCUACGACAUCUGGGGGGACACGGUCAACAUCGCCAGCCGCAUGGACUCCACCGGGGUGGAGUGUCGCGUGCAGGUGAGCGAGGAGAGCCACGCCGUGCUCCGUGCCAUGGGCCUGGAGUUUGACUACAGAGGUACAGUUAACGUUAAGGGCAAAGGUCAAAUGAGGACCUUCCUGUUCCCCAAGAGCGGCGAAAGUAUAUAUCAGGACCGCACGGAGAAGGGCGAGGGCCUCGGGAUCUCUUCCGUGGUGUCGACCGUGAAUACGACUCUGGGAUCGGUUCCCCCGGCAGCAGCUCCUCCCCCCUCCUCCCAUGACGCCAGUCCCCCUCCUCAACCGCAAAGUGCCGCAAGGCCUUCAAGAGCAGCGCCGCAGCCUGUGCGAGCAAAGUCCACAGAGGUGAGGGGAGAGGGAUAUAGGGACCCUCCGCCCCUCCCUGGGCAGCCACCUGCCACGGACCCUCCCCUCCUUCCCCACUCUGAACUGGGCCCAGAGCCUUGUGCCGUGCGAGAGCCCCUCCAGGUGCAGUCUGCUCCUCUAGCACUUCAAGAGGAGGAGGAGGAGGAGGAGGAGGAGGCCAGCGAGCUAUCGAAACUCAACGAGGAGUUUUAUGCUCGUCUCUGAUCCCUCUUCCUGUGACUUCUGUCCUCUUGCCCCCCCGGGGGGAGUCACUCUGACGCAACCAGUAGCUAAGGACAAAAGGCUACUGAUGUGCUUGAUGUGGUGGGGUGGGUCAGACCUGUGUUGAUCACAGCAGUGCGUUGGGGUAGAAGACGUAAACGGGCUCAGAGAGACCAAAGACUGUUGGUGAUGUUUUAGGUGUUUUUUCUUAUUUCCGUUUGUGUUAUUGAGUGCCUUCAUGACGAGAACAUUGAAUGAACAAAUAUAAAUUACUGAACAAAGUUUGGACAACAGGACAUGCUGUGGACUCCUGCUCCAUGCUUGUAUUUUCAAUGCAAGGAUUUCUUAAAAGAAUAAUUAUUGUGCCAUCAUUUAUUUUCACUUGAUCAAAGUCUUGACCCUACUUAAGGGAAGAAUAUUUUAGAUUUUUUAUAUGGGGAAGUGCAGCAUGAUGGGCUGAACAGGGAAUUAUGGGAUGGAUGAGGGAAUCACAUGGAGCAGUUUUAAUGUAUGUAUUCUGCUUUGACUUGAGGGCUUCAUACAGUAUUCAUGCUGCGCUGUAGUCUCAGUAAAAGGAGACACGCUACGCAGCAGACUGCAUACAUUUUAGUUUGUGUAGCAGCUAAAUGCACAUUUUAAGCACAGGUCUUGCACAUUGUUUUCCCGACCACUUGUAUUUGGAAGUUAUCCACGUGAAAGGCUGAUAAAAUGGCUGCUCACGUCUUCAACGGGAAGGUUGAAGUGGCUCUUAAGAACAUUCAAACAGGGUUCUUUUCAGUCGAAAUGAGUUCAAUUAAAAGCACAACUUUAAAACAGAUAAGGGAAUAUAGAUUUGGAAGAACAGUGUUUUUUUUUAUCUAAUUGAGAUCAUCACAAAAGCAGGAAGGCACUUUAAAUGGUGCGGCGAUGGUGGUGCGUGGAGUAGAGCGGGUGUGCUGGGAACCAGGAGGUGGCAAGUUUGAACUUUGGCUGCCCUCCAUGUCCCAUGUCGAUGUGUCCCCAGAGCAAGACACCCAACCCCCAAAUGUUCCCCGGGCAAAACAUGGGUUACAAUGCAAUGAGAGUCACUUUGGAUAAAAGCGUCAGCUAAAUGACAUCUAAUGUAAAUAUUCUUAAAAGGAAACUCCCCCGAGAUGUCUCUUUUGAGUAUGAAACACAAUCCCUACUAUCCCACCGUAGUAUUUUUUUUUAUCUAUGUCUUUUUCCUCAUAGCAGACAUUAAAGUAAGGACAAGAGCAGAGUGAGUUGGAGAUUUUCAUUUCAAAUUCGACCUAACCCCGAGGCCAGCAUGGUGCUCCUGGGCUCUGUGGUCUUUGGUAGAUGUUUCUCAAACAGGAACAGGGGCUUGAUUUGUCGAGGAUUCUUUAUCCAUCAGCUGUGCAUAUUCACUGCAGCCGGAUAAUGGAUGUGUGGGAUUGACUCAAAAUUAGAAUGUGUCGACCAUUUGUGUUGUAAUGAAAGAAGAUGGCACCCAGUGCAACAAUGUGGCUAAUGGAAGAUGUUAUAUUUGUUUUUGCUCAACAACGGAGCUCCAAGGCACAGAGCCAUUAGAAAAAUUAAACCGACUACACAGGCAAUACUUUGAUCGACCGUUAAUUUGAUCGAUUGGGCUUUUUGUGGAAUUUAUUAACCGUAAGAGAAACGCCAGACUCGGGGUGGCGUAUAGAGGGGUGGUCAUGUGUAGUGGGCCUCUGAUAGUCCAUCACUGGGAAGCUAUUGAUACAGAGGAGAGGGGGGUUCAAAUUGCUGUUGGUUAAAAGUUUCAAAAUUCAGACCAACCAGUUUCUACAGUGGAAUCUAAAACCUCACGCUCCGAUUUAGUUCCCAUCGUUGCCUUUAUCGCCAGGAGACAAGAAACAGACAUUGGUUCAGAUAGUUUUCCAUAGUUGGGUAUUGUCUGCCUUUAGCUGUGUGAUUUGCUGUGGAAAGGGUGAGACUUUUAACUUGAUCCAGUCGCAGCCUUUAUACGUGGGGGGCUCCAUACUGUAUCAAUAUACUUCAAUUGUGCCACUUUAAUUGAGUAAUCUAUAGGUGCAGUGCAACCUAAACUAGCUGAUUGUUUCGUGGUGCCUAAAAAGUAUGACUGUAUUCUUUGAGUAUCCUUAUUUUCAGAACAUUUUUUAUCAUGCUGUUUCUUAUAAUGCGGAUAGAUUAUGAUUAUAUAUUUGAGGAGAUGAUGCUGGUUGUUUAAAGAUGUUGCUGCGGUUUUCUUUCACUUUUUUAGUUCUUUCAUUGUGCCAAUACCUCGCUGCCUGCUUGAGUGAGGUGGUGGCGGCAUUAAAUUGAAUAGCUGGCACGUCUGUUGUUCUCACUUCAUGCUUUUGUCGUUACUCCUUCGAUCACUUGUUUCCCCUCUGGACUUAGGAUGCGUGUGUGUGUGUCUGUGUGAGAAAAAUAUUUCAUCUCUACUCCGAGUCAAAAACAAAGAAAAGAUGACUGUAGUACGAGGCAAAAAGAAAACAAUCAACUCCACUGCCACUCACGAACUGCUAUUUUGCCUAUGCUACUUUAUCAGUGGAAGAAUGUAAUGAACUUAGUUGCAUCCUUUUUAAAAUGAGAAAAAAAGUCUUCAAAGUUUGGUAAGUUGAUCUCGCAAACACAUGUGACAGGUCCACAUUUGGGCUUAAUGUACCUCGAGAGGCCACAGAGAUACGGAGAGGAGGAGGAAUCUGCAUCUGUAGUUCACCAUUGUGCACUCCAAACAUACACACCCAGGGCCUUUUGAAUUAGGAAUUUGUUUAACCAACAUCUAUGAACUGUAAUUUAUUUCCUAUCAAAUAGUCACGAUGAGAAUAGUUGCAACAAUCCAAAGAUGUUUCUCUAGAAGCUGUCACUCUAAAUCCAGAUCAAAAGUAUCUACAGGAGAUUUGCUUUGUUUGCACGAAUCAUUUGUCAUCACUAUUAAAAUAUUUCCCAGAUUGCCCUUCGGCCCCCACGUUGGUUAGUUAAUCUGUGGUGAUUUUCAGGACACGUCACUGAAGCCCGAGCUUGCACAGCAGUGACAUGAACAGGGCGUAGUAGAUUAGAGAUGUAGGGCUACCCCCCCCCCCCCCCCCGUUGAUGGGCGCACCACCUCUCCAGUAUCGAGCGUCUGUAGACAAGUAAGAAUAAAAUAUUUAAGUGAACACGGCUGGCUCUGUUAUCUGUGAUACUGUGUGUGUGCGCGUGUGUAUUGGGGAGGGGGGGUCGUUUUUAUUCAACACACUACAGCUUCAGUCUGACACCAUGCUAUCAUUCUUUUGUUGUUUCAUUUUAAUAUAAUUAUUUCUACACUAAUGUUGAACAAUAAGUAUGUACUGCAGGAGCCGUUCACUGAGCUUUGCCCAUUUAAGGUUCCUUUGACUGUGUCCUUCUCUCUCGGUGUAUCGAUGGUGUGUGUAUGACCACAUUUGUUUUGGUUGUGUCAGAAAGUGUCUUGAGAGAUCCAGUUCACAGGUAACAGAGCUCCAGAAAAAAAGGUGUCAUUCACGCAUUCUCUUCAAAAUAAAAAAUGUAAAUUUGCUUUGUGAAAGAAAAUAGGGGGACGUUUUAUUGGCACUUCUGAAUUAAUCACAGUAAAACGGCAUCGCCUAAUCACUCAUUUAAAUUGUGUUGGCUCCACAUAUUUCGUUAUAAAUUCAACCUGUAUGUGUAUUGAAUUACACUGGGAUAGAAAUUAGUUGGUUGAUUUUAAAUCGUUGUGUAUUUGUGUUGUGUUCAUGAAUGAGAUGUAUUAUGUAUGUUUUUGUGCACAUUACCCAUGUAUCAUUUAUCAACACACGACCGUAAUCUGUACACAUUUGCACAAAGCACUCAGUGUUUGUACAUUAUUUUAUGUCACAUGUGAUUUUUUUUUUUUAUACAUGUGCAUGUGUCAGAUUUUGCCAGAAAAUCAAUGAAAAAGCAACACGUAUUAUCAACUUGUUUCAAUGUGUGUCUGUUUAAGUGUGAGAGAUAUAUUAUUUCAAAACUUUUUUUUCCAGUAUGAGAAAUAAAUCUCCCAGCAGAAAACAGUGGGGUGCAAUGAGAAAUAGGAAGUGAACAUACAUUUGUGGUGAUUAUGGCCUAAUUAUAAGACUGAAUUGCAAUUUUGAUUUAUUUUUGCUAAGUGCUGAUGUCAGAUGUGAACAUUUUUAAGGAAGAUAGUCCCAAAUCUGUUAAAAAGGGUGGAAGUCUUUGAUCAGCCGAUCAUCUUAUAGGUAAUGUGCUAUCUUCAGUACAUUUGACUAAAUAUUCAAUGCCGGAACCUACAUGAGUUAAUGACAAAGCAACAUGCCACACAGAACUCAAAUGAAUCCAAUAAUUAAAUACAUAAAUAAAGUUGAAUAGAAUAUUAAAAUAGAGCUAACUCUUGAUGUACAUGCAAAAUGACUUUUUAGACUUGGACUCUGCGUCUCUGGCGGGGCUGCAGCGCCCCCAGCGGCCACCGGGGGCGGUGUUUUCACGCAGGGCGUGAUUGCGCGGCC